AUGGCUAUGAUAAUACGCUUAAGCUUUUCUUUUGUAGAACCGGUUUCUGAGUUAGCAGUUUGUUUGAGUCCAAUGUAUGGUAAGCAAACGAGUUGGUUGCCAAUUGUGGAUUUCGUUGAGCAUCAUAAACUGGAAGGAGUAACCCAGUUUUAUUUUUAUGUUGGUGAAAUUAGUGUUCACGAUGAAAAGAUACUGAAUGAUUAUGUUCGAACGGGAGAAAUGGAAGUGAUAAAAAUGCAAGAUAAGUACAAAAGGGCAGUUUUUGGAAAUUCAGACCCAGGAAUUGGAGAAAUUCUGAUCCAAGUAAUGAGUAUUGUGAAAGAUAAGGACUACCCAGCAAAAUAUAAAAACUCAAAAGAACUAGAAAAUGAAUUAAUAUUCAAGAAAUACAACCAGAGUCUCACUCCAAUUUGGAAAGGGAAAAAAGCCAUCGUGCGAUCGGAUAAGAUAGGAAUAAUGUCGGUGCAUUAUGCAAUAGCCAAGUAUCCUGGAAUCAAAACCUUGUUUGCCAAUUCUACGUUAGCUGUUCUGAGACAUCUACGCAGCACCAAACAUCGAAUCAACGGAUCGGCUUGGCACCUGACUCCAAAUGAGAAUGGAACUCUUCCCAUAUUCCGAGAAGUUCCACUUCCUCCAACGUUUUCGGAAACAUUGCGAGAAGCCAUUAUCAAGCGCGUUCAAUUUGUGUAUAAAACGAUUCCAGUUAAUCGUUCAACUAUUCCCUCCCACUUGGCAAAUAUGAUUAAUCACCCUGACCCAUGUUCUAAACCAUGGCCGGAUUUUUAA